AUGAGUUCCUCAUCUAGUUCUUCAUCAUCGAUGUCUUCAUCAAGAUCAUCUUCCUCAAGUUCAUCAUCUUCGUCAAGAUACUCUCACAAAAAACAACAGCGAAGAAAAAACAAAUAGAAGGAGGAUUAAGAUGCUGGCCAUUUUGAAUAUCAAAUAGGCAUGAAAAUAAAAGCAGGAUAAUUUGUGAUCACACGAUUUUUAGGAGAUGGCACCUUUGGUCGUGUUUUAGAAGUUAAAACUUGUAAUGCUACUUGUAAUAAUUAUUAUGCCAUGAAAUGCAUAAGGGCUGUGGAAAGGUACAUUGAAUCGGCAAAAAUAGAAACCAAAAUAUUGUGGUAUAUUUAAGAUAAGGAUAAGAAUGGGGCAUUUAAUAUUGUUAGACUGUUCACGUCAUUUGAAAGAUAUGACAAUUAUUUCAUGGUUUUUGAGAGGUUAGGGAAAUCAUUAUAUGACAUAAUAAAGCAGAACAAUUACAUUGGAUUCCCGAUCUAAUAUGUUUAAUCGUUUGCCAAAUAGAUUAUCAUCUCUGUUGCCUUCCUUCAUCAGAACCAACUCACUCACACAGACCUCAAACCAGAAAAUAUCUUGACCACCAAUUGCGAAUAUAAACUGGUCCCCUUCAAAGGAAAACAAAUCUGGGUCCCUGAACGAGAAAUUCUUAAGAUCAUCGAUUUCGGAGGAGCUACCUUUGAUCAUGAAUACCACAGCACUGUCAUUAACACCAGAUAAUAUCGUGCUCCUGAAGUCAUUAUGGGCUAUCCCAAAUGGAAUGAGAAUAGUGACAUCUGGUGCAUUGCUUGUGUCUUGCUUGAACUAUAUACAGGCGAGUUGUAUUUCUAAAACAAAGAUGAUUUAGAACACAUAGCCAUGAUCGAAAAAGCUAUUGGACCUAUGAAUUACCGUCAUUUCAAGAAUUCCAAAUAUAAAACAUUCUUCAAUUAUGAUUAAAAGUACUUUGAUUAGCAUCGAUCCUAUUUCAAAUGGAAUUCAGUGGCACCAAGUGAUUCUGCUAUUGAAAGAGUCAAGAAAUUGAAAACUUUCGAAGAAUUAAUACCAGCUAAACAUGCCCUCUUUAUUGAUCUGAUUAGAAAGAUGCUCCAAAUAGAUCCUGAAGAACGUAUGCCCUUACGAAAACUAAUUCAUCACCAAUUUUUUCAACAGGUAUUCUAAGAUUGA